AUGCUUGAUUCCAUCAGACGCGCGUUCAAGUCAAUGGUUGGAGGUCAUGAGGACAUAUACGCCUUGGAUCAUGCUUCCACCAAUGUGACCCUGCCCCCAGAGCACAUGUGGAUGAAUAUGGGCUACUGGAAGGAUGCAAAGUCAUUUCCCGAUGCAUGUGAAGCUCUUCUCGAACAAGUCCUGAUUGCAGCCGGGCUGCUAAAUGAGGACAAGAGCCCGGUGGAUGCAGGCACACUACUUGACUCAACGGAAGUCCAAUCGAAGCUGGAGCAAGGGCGGCAUGCGACCUUCAAACUAGUCGACGUCGGACUUGGGAAGCUUCACCGGUCGACAAAUACCUAUUUCAAAUACGACGAGAAACAAACACCAAUUUCCCUCUUUGACUCAUACGUGGGAAUCAAAAUCACACCAGCUCAAGUAGAUGUUGCCCGAAAUCGUCUCGAAACACCUCCCAAUAGCAAGCCUACGUCUCCUACAGGGUGGACGCCAAAUGUACAGGUCUUUGCGACGGAUGCUGGUCAGCCCGCUUCCUGGGAUCACGCACUCAAGGAAGCCAUCUUUUGCGCAGAGUUGAAUCCAUAUACUGCUCCACCGAAUGCAAAGGAACAUACAUGGCUGCCGGGUCUGGAUACUGUUUACCACCUCAGACCAUCUCAUAUACAUUUCUGGAAAAAGAUUCGUCUGCGUUUAAUGUGUCUGGCUGCAGGGAUCCCUUACGCGAAUCUCAUGACAAAAGAGGAGUAA